AUGGACCUUCUCCACACGGUCCAUAUUGACUACCCAUCCAAUUGCCCGGAUUGUUUUCGGAAACACGAAGAUGAGAUAACUCAAGACGCCGUCGAGACGAUAGCGGAAUUGAAGAAGUGGAUCGCCGACGCCAGACACUUUGAGGAAGCAAAGGCACGUGGGGAAGACAAACCGAUAACAGCCAAAAGAAUUGAUGCCGUUAUCAAAAUGUGGGAAGAAGACUUGAGGCAUUUUGAGGGAGUGAAAGAGGACCUUUUGAGGCUUCAUCGGAGGCUCGAGAGAGUUUGGGCUGACGGCUUUACCACGUCCCUGCCCACUACAAACCUUACACUCCCUUACCCCCCACCAGGCGACUACCAUUGCACUGACCCAGUCCGCGGAUCUUCUCUAGAUUAUCGUACCUGUCGCGACGCCGCGGAGAGAUUUAAGUACCGUUUUACCGCCCUAGACGGCUAUACCCUAACCCACCGUCGACACUUCAAAAUGGCAACAGAGAUCUCAUGUCCAUGGAUUAUUGUGGAAUAUGAUUGCAAAUUCACGCUCGAUUAUAGGAGUGAGGAUGGGAUGAAUCCGCCUGCAAACCCCGAGUAUGUCAGCUGGGUUGGGGGGAGGUUAGCGAAGAAGUGUACAGGGCCUGGCGCUGGUGGAGGCAAGGUAGAAGUUGGAGGGACCCAAUGGGGUGAGGAUUAUACUUUAGUUUGGCAGAUCGAGUUGGCCGACGGCGAGAAAGACGGGGGAAGUGUAGCUAAUGAGACGCUGGAAGGGUUUAGUCUUGGUGGUGAGGUGGAUUAG